AUGUAUGAUAUAAAUAGUGCAAGAUGUGUUGAAAUAAAAAGCGCAGAAUUAGAUGUAUUAAAUAGUGAUGAAUUAAAAAGAAUUUCUCUUGGGAAAUAUGAAAAUGAACAUUAUGAGUUUGAAAAAGUACAAAAAAGUGGAGUAACAACAAAACUCUACUAUGACCCUAGGUAUGGAACAAUUGAUAAUAAACAAAUAUGUUCUGUUUGUUUUGAAAGGCAUGAAAAUUGUUUUGGUCACAUAGGCCAUAUUGAAUUUAUAUUGCCUUUAUUUAAUCCUUUAUUUUAUAAGGAAUUGCAAGAACUAUUAAAUUUGGUUUGUUAUAAUUGCUAUAACUUUUGUUGUUCUGAAGAUGUUAUAUUUUUAUUAAAACACGUUUUUCAAUUAAAAACAAUGAAUGAAAUAGAAAGUACUAAUAAACUUAUUUACAAAGAAAACUGUGAUUAUGAGCUUUUAAUAGAUGAAAUAGAAAAGUUGUAUAAAAAAAUAUGUAAAGAUUCGGAUAUUUCUUUAGAAGAUAUAGUCGAAUCCAUUAGUGAUGAUGAUGAGAAUGAUGUAGAAGAUAAUUUUAGUGAUAACAAUAAUGAUAAAUUAACUUUGAAAAAAGAAGAAAAAGAUUAUUCAGAAGAAUUAUCAGAAAUGGAUAAUAUGAAAAAAGACAAAUUAAAAGAAAAAAUUAGAAAAUAUAAGUUUGAUGCAAAUAAACUAGCUUAUCAAUCAAAUUAUAAUUAUGAGGAAUAUCUUAUAUUAAGCAAAACAAUAAAAAUUCAUAUGAAAAAAAGUAGCAAGUGCUGUUUUUGUAAAUUUCAAAGAAACAUAUCAGCAAAAAUGUCACAAAAAAGAGACACAAUAAAUUUUGUAGGAAUUUAUACGAAAAACUCAUUUUUUAAAAAAUAUUUUCCAAAAAUGAAAAAAAAAGAUGAAGACAAUUUUGAUGUAAAUGAAUAUGAUGAAUUAAAUUGUGAAAAUGAUAAUGGAGAAAAAAAAAAAAAAAUAAAUAGCAAUGAGCAUUUUAUGGAUAUAGAUGAAGAAGAUACCAAUAAAUUAAAGGAUUAUUCAUUUAAUGAAGAAAUGAAUUCAGAUUCAUCUGUUGAACAUUCUUUGAAUAACAAUAAUAAUAAUUUGGAUAAAAAUAAUGUCACAUUUUCAGAAAUGCUUAAUAACUACAAGAAGCAAAAUAUAAAAGAAAAGUGCACUAUUCGCUUAUUUAGUUUUCAGGUAAUAGAUAUACUGAAAAAAAUAUUUGUAAAAAAUAAUAAAGAAGUUAUUGAAUUAUUGUAUCCAUUUACAAGAAGAGAUGGUUAUAAAAUAUUUUUUUUAUAUGAUAUGGGAAUAAGUGCAAACAGAUUUAGAAGUAGAUAUAGAGGUAUGCAUAAAAGAACAAAAAUGGCUGGCACUUUAUGUAAGAUUAAUAAUUUUUUAAACUUAUGUAUAAAUGCGAAAAAAGAAGUAGAUUUUGAUAAUUUAUUAGAACAUAAUAAAAAAGAAUUAACUUUAUAUAAAGAAAUGUUUUCUUUAUUUUCAUUGAAAAUGAGAUAUAAAUUAAAUAAUAACAUAAUGGACGAUGAUACUGAAAUUACAAAAAUGGAGUUUUUAAAAUGUUACUCAUUAGUGUAUAAUAACAAAAGCACAUAUAUAAAUAUUCUCUUUAGUAGUUUACAAACUGGAGUAAAUACUUUUUAUGAUAGUAAUCUUGCGGAUAAAUUAAAUAAUCGAACUAUGACAAAUAUUGGUAUAAGAGAAAUUUUAGAUAAAAAAGAAGGUAUUUUAAGAAAAAACAUAAUGGGGAAGAGAGUAAAUCAUUGUGCUAGGACUGUUAUUUCACCUGACACUUUUAUUGAGACUAAUCAAAUUGGAAUGCCUUUAGAAUUUGCUAAGGUAUUAACUGUUGAUGAAUAUGUGACGGAGCAUAAUUUAGAAUAUAUAAAAAAGUUAAUAGAAAAUGGACCACAUAUAUAUCCAGGUGCAAUUAGUUAUAAAGAUUCCAAAGGAAGGGUAUUUAAACUAUCUCACCUUUAUGAGCAAAGAUUAAAAUUAUUAAAGCAGUUAGAUAACAUUAAUUUUAGAAGUGAAAAUUGUUAUAUUGUUCAUAGACAUGCACGUGAUGGAGAUAUAGUUAUAAUGAAUAGGCAACCUACUUUACAUAAAUUUUCCAUAAUGGCUCAUUAUAUAAAAAUUUUUGAAAAAGAAAAAAUUUUCCGAUUAAAUUAUGUUAAUUGUAAUUCAUAUAAUGCAGAUUUUGAUGGUGACGAAAUGAAUUUACAUUUGCUUCAAACUCCAUUGGCAAGAGCAGAAGCUAGCCAUUUAAUGAACUGUGAUUUUUUAUUUACGAGUUUUAAAGAUGGAUCUCCACUAAGAGGGUUAGCACAAGAUUUUAUUUUAGGAGGUUUGCAUCUUACUUCCUUAGAGACAUUUUUGAAUUAUGAUGAAUAUUGUAAUUUACUACAAUGCUCUUUAAAUUGUUUAAUUUCUCAGAAAAAUUCAUUUUUCUUCAAAAAAAAAAAAAAUAAUAUAGGAAAAAUAGAUGAUAUUAAUCAAAACACACCAUGCGAUAAUAAACAAAAUUUCAACUCUUUCAAUGGUAAUAAUUUAAAAAUAAAUAAUUACAAUUAUUUGGAUCCCUAUGCAAAUAUUCUAAAUCAAACUAAUUUUAGCAUAAUUACUGAUGAACCAGCAAUACUCUUUCCAAAAAAAUUAUGGACAGGUAAGCAAUUAAUAACAAGUAUUUUAAAAACUAUAAUUGAUAAAGUAGCUAUACAAACUUUUAAUAAAAAUAAUGAUAAUGAAUUUAUGAAAAACUAUAAAGGAAUAAAUUAUACAUCAAAGUCAAAAACGUCAGCGGAGUUGUGGUCUUUUGAUCCUGAUAAAGAAUUUGAAGUUAUUAUCAAAAAUUCCGAAUUAUUACAAGGUAUUCUUGACAAAUUCCAUUUUGGUGCAAGUUCAAAUAGUCUUAUUCAUUUAUGUUUUGAGUUAUUUGGAUCAAAAACUGCUGGUGUAUUGUUGGAUUGUUUUGGCCGUUUGUUUAUAAAUUUUCUACAAAUUCGUGGAUCCAGUUUAAGUCUUUAUGAUUUUAUUUUAAAUGAGGAUGCUAAAAGAGAAAAAUCCCUAAUAAAAAAAAGGAUUUCUUUCACUGGAUUUUAUUUACAAAACCUGUUUGCUCAUUCCAUUGCAAAAUCUCUAAAUGCUGAUAUUAAUGAUAUGAAUUCUUAUGCGAAGAGAAAAAUGAACUGUAACAAUAAAGAAAAUGACAUAAUUAUUAAAAAAAUGUAUGAUUCAUAUAAGAAAAAAGAGGAAAUUAUAAAUCAAUUUGAAGAAAAAAAAGAAGAGAGCUAUACAGAAAAGAAAAAUAAUAUUCAAAGCAGGAUAAGUGAUUAUAAAAGUGUCGGAAACAUGAAAAAGGAAGAAGAAAUGGAAUUAAAAAAAAACAAUAAUGGGGUUGCAUAUAAUAUAAUAAAAGAAAAAUGCAUUGAUAUAAAAGAGGAAAAAUAUUUUAUCGCUUUAUUAAAUAAAGAAAUUGAAGAUAUUUGUACACAAAAAAUAAUUGAAGAAAAGGAUAUAUUUUCCAUAAAUAAUGAAAAUAAUAGUAACUUAAAUGAUAAAAAAAGAAGAGAAAUUAUUCCAUCUUUUAGUGAUUAUGCAUUUAAAAAAUACUUUACUUUAUAUGAAAAAUAUAUAAAUAAUAAAGAUCCUAUAUAUAGUUGUAAAGAGGAUGAAACGAAAGAUUCUUUAUUUUUAGGUAAUGUAAUACACAAAUUAUAUAAUUCUAUUAAAGAACCUUCCUUUUUUAACAAUCCCACAAUUACAGGAAAAAAAAUUAUGAAAAUUAUCGAGAAAAUUCUUGUUUUUUUAAAAGAAGCAAAAUGUAAUAAAAGACUAAAAAUUUAUAUAAUAUUUGAGUUGUUUCAAAAUAAAAAUAUAAUGAAAUAUUUUCCAUCAUUGGUAAAUUAUUUACAUGACUUUAAUUAUGACAUAAGCAACGAAGAAAUAAUAAAGAAUGUAAUAAAUAAUAUUUAUUUCAAAGAAGAUUGUUCUAUAUCAUUAAAUAAAGAUGAUAUAAAAAAAGAAAAGGACGAAUACAAAUUAAAGAAAUUUAUUAAUUUUUAUGAGAGUAUAUAUAAAAAAGGUUACAAAAAGCAGGUUGAUACUAAUGCAAAAAAAGAAAUUACUCAUGAUGAUGAUAAUAUUAGUAAUAAUAAUGAUUAUGAAUUAAAUGCAAAGGAGAUGAAUCUUCAUGAUGAAAAAAUAAUAAAAAAUUGCUUAAUAUCAAGUUUUCCUUCUUUUCUAUUGAAUGAUGACAUUCGUAAUUUAUCAUAUAACGGUAAAUAUCAAUAUUUUGAAGAUUAUGUUAAUAUUAAAGAAGAUGAGGAAGAUGGUUAUUUUAAAUUUUAUGAUAUGAAAGAUAUUUUUUAUAAAAUGGAAUACCUAAUAAAUAAUUUUUUUUCUUUAAAUAGAUAUGAUUUUGAUACUUUAAUUGAUUCUUUAUUUCAACCAUAUUUAUGUAGAGUAUCAUCUAGUACUGACCAUUUGAUAAAUAUGAAAAACUUGAUUAAUAAAUUUUUAAAUAAUGGUUUUAGUAAUAUGAUAUUUACUGGUGCCAAAGGAAGUAAAGUCAAUUAUUCUAUGAUAUGUGGAAUAUUAGAUCAACAAUAUUUAGAAGGAAAAAGAGUUCCGAGAAUGAAAUCAGGAAGAACACUUCCAAGCUUUCAUAGAUAUGAUUAUGGUGCUAGGUCAUGUGGACUAAUUACCGAUUGUUUUCUUGAAGGGUUAAGACCUCAAGAAUAUUUUUUUCAUUGUAUGUCAGGAAGAGAAGGAUUAAUAGAUACAGCAGUAAAAACAGCAAAAUCUGGUUAUAUUCAAAGGUGUUUAAUAAAAUGCAUGGAAUCGGUUAUUUUACAUUAUGAUGGAACAGUAAGAAAUGAAGAUAAUUCAAUUAUUCAAUUUUUAUAUGGAGAAGAUGGUAUAGAUCCAUCAAAAACAGCUUACUUAGAUUCAUCAAAUGAUUUGCUUUAUAAUUAUAAUUUGUCAUUUAGCAAAUAUUUAAAUAAUAAUAUGCAUGGGAAAAUAUUAAAUAAUGAAGAAAUAUUUAAGAGCCAUAAAAGAAAAUGGAAAGAUGAAGAACCGUUAAUUUGCCAUUAUAAUCCAUAUACUUAUAUUGGAAGUGUUUCUGAUACAUUUCAAAAAAAAUUAAAUACGAUUUUUUUCAAUAAUUUUAAUUUUCCUAAUUAUCGUCAUUUACCGAAAAAUUUUGAUACAUUAUCUACAUUGCUUUUGAAAUCGAAAUAUUUUAAUUCUUUAUGUAAUCCUGGUGAAUCUAUUGGAAUUUUAGUUGCUCAAUCUUUUGGAGAACCUGCCACUCAAAUGACUCUUAAUACUUUUCAUUUGGCAGGAACAGAAAAUGUUACUAUGGGUAUUCCAAGAUUAAAAGAAAUUUUUCUUACUUCAAAAUUAACAUCAAAACCAAUGAUAUAUGUACCAAUUAAAAUAGACUUAAAAACCAAUGAUAUUAAUAAAAUGAAAAUGUAUAUUACCAACAUUGCUGAUAAGAUAUUAAACAGUUAUAAAAGUAUUUUAUUAAGUGAUGUUAUAUAUGGUAUUGGAGUAGAGAGAAAAUUGAUUUUAAAAGAAAACAAAAACAAUGUGCAUUACAUUAAUGGAUCUGAAUUUGAUGAGGAAAAAAUUAAUAGUAAUAUUGAUGCAAAUGUACAGGUAGCUAAAAUAAUGAAUGUUCUUAAAAAUGUUAACUUAAAUUUUGAUUGUAAAAAAGAAUGGAAUUAUGAAAUUAUUAUCCAAUUUGAAAAUCUUAAUCAUUUUUGUAAGAUAUACAAACAAAUAACUAUUCCUUUUAUUCUUCAUAAAGUUAUAAGCGCUAUUCUUACUUCUGUUCUUAAUAAAAUUCAAGAAAGUCUCGUAUUUCAUAACAUUAACAACAUAAGCUCAUUUAAUCAUGAAUACUAUGAUGAGUUAUAUGAUUUUAUUAGCAAAAAAUUGGUUGAAGAAUUUAAUUUUAAUGUAGAAAAAUAUGAAUAUAAGGAUGAUGAAGGUCAAAUAAAUGCGAAAUUGAAAUAUAUGGCAAAUGAAGAUGAACAGAACAAAUCAGGUAAUAAACAAAAUGGCAAUGAAAAUGAAUUAAAUGAAAAUUAUAGAAACCGUCAAUUACAGAAUAAGAAUGCAUAUAAUAGUAAUAAAGAUGAUUUUUUUUAUGAAGAUAAAAAAAAUAAAACAUUUAAUGAUCAGUCAGAUAUAGAAGAUAAUGAUAUGUCUGAAAAAGAAGUAAGUAUUUAUAAAGGAAUAAAUAAAGAAGUAGAAACUGAAUCAGAAGCUGAAAAAGAGGAAGGAGAAACAGAAUCAGAAGAAGAAAAAGAAGAAGAUGAAAAGGAAUAUGAUGAGGAUUUGAGUGAAAGUGAAGUUGAAAAUGAAAAAGAUGAAGAUGACAUUGAUGAAGAUAAAAUCAAAAUUGAAAAUGAGAAAGAUGAAUACAACGAUGAUGAAGAAGAGGAAGAUCAACAUAUAAAGGAAGAAGGUAACACAGUAAAUACUAAUGAUAUAUACGGGGACGAGAAGGAUGUAUCCAAAUUAAAAAACAGUAAAUAUACUAAAUUGGAUAAAAAUAAGAAUGAAAAAAAUGGUGAAAGUAUUAACUUACAUGAAAACAGUUAUUUUACUAAUAGAAAUUCUAGUAAUGAGUCAAAAUUAUCAGAAUCUUCCAAUGUAGCAGGUACUGUGAAUUAUUUUUCUUCAGAAGCUAGUGUUACACAUCACGUAUCAAUAGAAUCAGAUGACUCUAGCAAUAGAAAAGGUAAAUUGUGUGGUGAAAAUCUUCAUCAUAAAGAAAAUAUAUUAGAUAAAAAUAAAAAAAAAGCAAAAGAAAAAAUUAAAACAUCAACAAUAACAGCAUCGACGACAGUUUCAUCGCCAGUAUCUUCAACGAUAUCUACUCCAACAAAAAGGGUAGAUGAAGAAGAUAUAGAAGAGGAAAAAAAAGAGGAAGGUGAAGAAGAAGAGAAACAAAAACAAAAACAAAAACAAAAACAAGAAAAUUUUGCAAAAUCUUUUGAAAAUUUUUUAUAUGACUUUAAAAAUAAUAUUAAUUUAGUUGAUUCCGAAAGUGAUGAAGAUGAAGAAAAUAGUGAAAAAAAGAAUGAACAGAAAUAUGUUAAAAAUAUUAUUGAUAAGAUAAAAAGUAGUUUACUUCGUUUUGUAAAAAAGAUAAGUUUCUCUCCCAUAACCUGGACUCUGAAAUUUGAAAUUGAAUGGGAUAUUAAUUUUUUCCCAUAUUCCAUUGAUUUUUUAAGUUACUUAAAAUUAGAAAUUUCAAAAGAAACAUUAUAUAAAGUAAAGGAUUUAAAUAAUCCAAAAAUUCUAAAAGGAAAAGACAUAACUCAUAGUGGUUCAGAAUAUGAAUUACAAAUAGAAGGAAAAAACAUUUAUAAAUUAUAUAAUAUUAAAGAUAAAUAUAUUGAUAAAACAAAAUUAUACUGUAAUGAUAUUUAUGCAAUAGUAAAAACAUAUGGAAUUGAAGCAGGAAGAUUAUGUAUAACGAAAGAAUUGAAAAAAGUUUUCGAUGCAUAUGGUAUUCAAAUUGAUUUUAGGCAUUUAUCUUUUAUAAGUGAUUUUAUGACUCAUACAGGCGAUUUAAAAGCAUUUAAUAGACAUGGAAUGGGGAAUUUUCGAAAUGUUCUUCAUAAAAUGAGUUUUGAAUGCGCAACAAAUUUUUUAAUACAGGGAUGUGUACAUAAAUCAAUUGAUUACUUAUCAACAGCAUCAAGUAGUUUAUUUUUUGGAAAACAUAUAAAAGUUGGUACCAACCUAGCUGAUGUUAUAACAUGCGUAGGAAAGUAA